AUGUCUGCUCCCGGCAUGGACAAUGAUUUUCAACUCUUCUCUCCGCGCCGCAACUCGGGUGGGGAUGAGUCCGGAGGGAUGCACGCACAGUCAGGCAACUCCAAUCAAGAUUGGACGCAGUGGAUGCGAUGGGAUGAGCCCAUGUUUGCCAACGGGGAUCAAAGGCAUAUGGAGCCAUCGAUGGACCUCUCCUUUGUCUCCCCAAACACGAUUUCCAGCUCCCCAGGUCAGAUUCAUUCCAACGACUUCUCACCGAACCUCCCGCUUGGUCUGAUGGAGAUUCCAUCCGACCACCACGACGGGUUGAGCCGCAAUACCAGUAUCAAUGGCCCCCACCCAUCCAACUCCCAAGGCCAUCAGCAAUCUGCCCUAGUGUCUCCAAUCUCCAGUGUCGGUGCAAGCCGGAAGCGAAAGACUGGCAGCGAUAACGACGCCACCACGGUUACUGGGCCUGUUCAGCCGAGCAAGAAGAUGCCCGCGAAGAAGCGAGCUCACAACGUCAUCGAGAAACGAUACCGAGCCAACUUGAACGAAAAGAUUGCUGAACUGCGUAACAGCGUGCCGAGCCUUCGAACGACCAGAAAUGCCAACGGGGACUCCAACGAGGAUGAGGAGGAUGUCGACGGAAGCAACUCGGCCAGCAAGCUCAACAAAGCUUCUAUUCUGUCAAAGGCGACCGAGUACAUCAAACACCUAGAAAUACGCAAUAAGCGCCUGGAAGAUGAGAACACUGCCCUGAAGAACAGACUCCGCCAAGUCGACAAAGCAGCUGAUCAGGCUGUUACCUCGAGUGCCUCUGUGUCUUCACCCAGCAAUUACACUGCAUCUAGUGACUCGGGCACUUCGCCCAGUGUGUUCUCCAACCCCGAGGAGAAUACUGAAGGCUCUCCAGCCUCGACACACCCACCCGAGGGUCUGAUUAAGGUCCCCGAUGCAUUCAGGCGGAUGCGAGAGGAGGCUGCGCAGACCGGAGGUAUUUUCUCCAAGUCAUACAUCCAGUCCACACCUAGAACCUCCGAAUAUGGUCGGGAGGAGGGUUCCCGCCGACGGUCGAAGAUGCCUAAUAAGUACAUGCUGGGUGCACUGGCUGGACUUAUGGUUUUGGAAGGCUUUGGGUCGGACAAGUCCGAGACCGAGCAGAAGGGCCUGCUCUCCAUCCCUCUGAAUCUUCUCAACCGCCUGCGACCACCCAACCUUGCCUACCUUGAGUAUUACGUGAAAAGCUUCUGGAACUCCUGGCACGCAAGAGCGAUCUCCCAUUUUCUCCUUCUCGCAAUGCUUAUUGUCGGAAGUGCCUUCAUUGUUUUCGUCUAUUUGUUCAAUGCCCGGCCUGUCACCCAGCGUGCUUCGGGAAAGACUGUUUCUGAAGGCAAACAUGCACCACCCUCCUCGAGUGACUUCCGCCGGCAAGCCUGGCUCACAAGCAUGCAACGAGUUGGCGUCCCUCGCCACAGGUUCUUCCGUGAGUGGUACGUGGUAACCUCGAGAUGCUUGGAAUACAUUCUGCGAUGCUUUAUGGGAUGGAAGCUCUACUCGUGGGCCACGGGCAUCACAGAGGAAGAUGAAAAGGGCCGUGUCAAGACAUGGGAUAUUGCGAUCGAUGCUCAGCUCACGGGUGGUGAUAUUGAGAUCAGCAAGAGUCGCCUCGUGCUCACCAUCUUCGCUGCCGGUACCCUUCCCCGAAGCCCUAUGCGGAUGAUGCUUAAGGCGUUGCAUGUGCGCAUCCUCCUGUGGCGAGUUGGCGAGCCCGGUUCAUGGACCUUCCACGUGUCGAAUGAUGUUGCCCGCGCUUUGGCUAAGUACCAGUGGGCCAUUGCACGGGAUAUUAAUGAUGCAUUGCCAGAGGGCCACCCUGAUCAGCUUCCCAGCCAUCUGGCUGCUCUCAGCAAGCUCGACUGUGAGGAUGUUAUGAUCGACAACAUCAUCCAGCGUGCAGUAAACCUCACAUGGAACCGUCCCACCCAAGAGGAGGCUGCUGAUGAUGAAGUGCUGCUCGAUGUUGUGGAGGAAGAUCCUGCUAUUCAGUGCUCUGUGGAUGCACUUGCAGCAUGGUGGUCCAGUCAUCUCCUUCAGAAUGCUCUUCUCAAGUAUUUGGAAGCAAGCGAAGGGGCCUCUUCCUCUAAGGCGAGCCGUGACUGUUUCAAGGAGAAGAUCCGUAUGGCUCUUGAUGUGGCCCCUCGACUUUCAGCGGCAUAUACCCGUGCUCUCGUUAUGAAGGCAGUCUUCUUUGAGCACGGCCGCAUCCAAAAUAUUAGUGCUGUUUUGGCCGCCCUGCCCAAAGACAAGAGUAAGGGCCAGCGGAACUACGCUGCGAACUUCCUUGAUUCCUCGCUCCCUGUUUCCGUGCGGGAUGAAAUCUCUGUUGCCGUCCGGUGCGCCAUGAUUGCGGCCAUUGUCACCUCUCGCUCUGCGGGCGAGACUUCUCUCCCUGCAUCGUUCACCAUUCACAAGGCCAUUAACUGGUUCAACCAGCUUCCUAUCGACCCUGUCGAGCUGAGCUUGCUCGGGUUUUCCGCAGUCUACCACCUCUUGCACCUGUUGGCUUCUGAUGUUGAUUACAUUGCGUCCUCCGAUUCCUCCGCUCCAUCUGCGCCUGUCUCCGAAGCCGCCUCUGCAGACGACGAGGCGGAGGAAAAGCCACGUAAUGGGCGUAAGAUUGCAGUCUGCCCCCGAGACAUCCCUAAUCUUGGGCGUGUGGCGGCAGAGCUCAUUUAUUGGGCUCGAAAUGCCUACAAUCCGGCCUUCUACGGCUUUUCGUCUAGCCUUGUGGAGGUGAUCGUAGAGUCUUGCACCACUCUUUGCUCCAACGCCGGCAUCAACAUCAACGACUAUCUACAAACAGUGCCGGAGCCACUCCUAUCUCGGCGACGGCGCCACCGGCGCCGCCGGGGUGGAUCCAACCAGUCCUUGCAAAGCGAUGCGGAGCACGACGUGAUGCACCCAAAGCCCCUCCGACGCGAGCGGUCCGCGAGUAAUGACACUGGGUACGGCAGUCUCAGCCUUGAGGAAGACAUUCAUUCUGUUCCCAAGGUACCGGAAAAGCCUCAGGACAUUCUGACUUAA